GUGAGAAUAUACGGUAUGGCUCCCCAACAGCAGGAAAGCCCGAGGCCCAGCGCGGCCAGGCCGCAGGCCCCGCCCCUUCCGCCUUACGUCAGACGGAAAGGACGCGAGCGCGCGGUGUUCGGUCGCCGGGACUUUAGCCUCUCGGGGUUCGUGCGGUUGCGCACGCAGGUCUCCAGCUUUGAAAUGCAGCGGGAUUUAGUGAGUUUCCCUUUGUCUCCAGCGGUGCGUGUGAAGCUGGUGUCUGCCGGCUUCCGGACAGCUGAGGAACUCCUGGAGGUAAAACUGUCCGAGCUCAGCAAAGAAGUUGGUAUAUCUAAAGAGGAAGCCUUAGAGACACUGCAAAUAAUAAGAAGAGAAUGUGUCACAAAGAAACCAAGAUAUGCUGGUUCGGCUGAGUCAGGCAAGAAGUGUACAGCACUGGAACUUCUUGAACAGGAGCAUACCCAGAGCUUCAUAAUUACCUUCUGUUCAGCACUAGAUAAUAUUCUUGGGGGUGGAGUACCCUUAACCAAAACAACAGAAAUUUGUGGUGUACCAGGUGUUGGAAAGACACAACUAUGUAUGCAGUUGGCUGUAGAUGUGCAGAUACCAGAAUGUUUUGGAGGAGUGGAAGGUGAAGCAGUUUUUAUUGAUACAGAGGGAAGUUUUAUGGUUGACAGAGUGGUAGAUCUUGCUACUGCCUGCAUUCAGCACCUUCAGCUUAUAGCAGGAACACCUAUGGGAGAGGAGCACCCCAAAGCUUUGGAGGAUUUCAGUCUUGAAAAUAUUCUUUCUCAUAUUUACUAUUUUCGUUGUCGUGACUACAUAGAGCUACUGGCACAAGUUUAUCUCCUUCCAGACUUCCUUUCAGAACACUCAAAGGUUCGAUUAGUGGUAGUGGACAGUAUUGCUUUUCCUUUUCGUCAUGACCUAGAUGACCUAUCCCUUCGAACUCGAUUACUAAAUGGCCUUGCCCAGCAAAUGAUCAGCCUUGCAAAUAAUCACAGAUUAGCUGUAGUUUUAACCAAUCAGAUGACAACAAAGAUUGACAGAAAUAAGACCUUGCUAGUUCCUGCAUUGGGAGAAAGCUGGGGACAUGCUGCUACCAUACGUCUAAUCUUUCAUUGGGACCAAAAGCAAAGACCCCAUCCUUCACCAGAAACACCUGAUUUUUACCUUUUGACUGACAAUGGAAUAUCUUUCCAACAGUUAUCAAAAGAAAUACUUUUGUCUCUGUCCUCUAUAUUGUGCUGGUUUUACUCUAGUUUGCAUAUUCAUGAUAGUAUAAGGGCACGACUGUUCACUACUCUUUGCCAAGAAGAUCUGGUGGUAGAGUAGAGUAAUGUAUCAACACCCCCACACAGUGUUUCAUAUGUGUGCUCAGCUUUAGAGCACAAAUUGUGCUUCUGUCUUAUUUCUUCCUGACCCAAACUGUGUAGUUCAGCCAUAUGUUAAGCUUCUCAGCUGGGGCCGUGAGCCAAGUGAUUCUUCGGUUUAGUUUAUUGUCAGAAAGGUCUCUUCAGAUGCAGACAUGAAAUAGAAAGUUUUAUUUUUAACUAAGAUUUUGAAGAGAAUUUUCAACCUGAAUACUUAAUGUCUAUUUGACUUUAGGAUUCUUAAUAAACAUUAAGAAGCUUAUUUAGUUUUUAAUAACUUUCCCAGAAAAGUCAGAAGCCCUGGUACAUUUUUUGACGUAUGGUGAUGAGAGAUGAUUUAGAUAGUGAUUUUUCAGAAAGUUAGCUAAUUUUUAUUUUAUUGAAUCAAAAUGUGAUUUCUUAUUCAGGUGGGUUAAAAUAUACUGUGCCUCUUCUGUUAUUUUGCAUUAAAGAUAGAAUAUCAACCAUAAGAGAGUAAUAUCAUAAACCAGGAUGUCCUUUUUGAAUUGUCUUUGAAAACAAAUGAAUAUUAUUUAUAUGUAAAUAAAUGACCUAUGAUUUUUCUUUAAGUUGGAAUCUGUAUUUUGUGCAGUUAUAUCAGCUUUUUUAAAUUGUGGUAAGGUGUACAUGAUAAAAUUCACCAUUUUAAGUGUACAGUUCAGGGGCAUGAAGUCCAUUCUCAUUAUUGUACCGUGAUCACCACUAUCCAUCUCCAGAAAUUUUUCAUCUUCCCAAACUGAAACUCCAUACCCAUUAAACAGUAACUUCCUUCUGUCUUCCCCCAUCCUCUGUUAACCAUUCUACAUUCUCUGUGUGGCUACCCUAGGUACCUAUGGAAGUGUAAUCAUACCAUAUUUUCCCUAUAUGGCUGGCUUUAUUGCACUUAGCCUAAUGUCCGUAAGGUUCACUAUAGCAUUUGUCAGAAUUUCUUUCCUCUUUGAGACUGAAUAAAACUCCAUUAUAAGCACAUUUUGUUUUUUCAUUUGUCAGACAGUUAGGUUGUUUCUACCUUUUGGCUAUUGUGAAUAAGAUAAAUUAAUUUUAAAGUGAUUUUAAAAGGCACUUUAAAAGUUUUUGCUUUUAUUUGUUGCUGUUACACUAUUUGAACAUAAUAAAGCUUAGAAUUUUGUUUCUCAGAAACUUUUGGCUUGCAGUUUUAUAUUACUUACUUUAUAGAGUACUAAAUGAAAUCACACCUAAACAGACUUUGUUCUGUUAUAUGACAGUGAUUUUCCUGGACAUAAUCAUUUUGAAAGAAUGUGUCUUCCCUAGCUUAUUUGUAUUAGCAUAAUAUGAGUAUGUAUUCCUCAUUUGUAUCCCAAGAAAUUGUUUUGAUACUUAUAACAACAAAAGAAUACACUAUUGUUUUGGAAGGUGUGAAAAAUAUAAAUAAAAAGCCCCCUUUAUCUUGUAAUAGAAAGUUUGAUUUUGUUAUAGUCUUCAAGUAAUUUUUCUGCAUAUAUGUAUAUAUACGUAAAUGUGGGAUCAGUCAGCAUAAUUUUGCAUUCUGUAUUAUUAAUACUUUGCUAUUUCAUUAAAUAUUUUCUCCCACCUUUUUUUCUGAACCAUAAAUGUAUCUUAUCAUGAAUAAAAUAAUUUAUUUGAAUCAGUCAUUAGAUUUUUAGGUUCCUUUAAAAUUUCACUUAUAUAAACAACU